CCCGAGCUUACUCCGGAACAGGAACAGCUAUUGGCAGAGUUUGUUGAGAAGAACGUGGGAAUCUCCUACACUCACGAGUCUCACUUUCAUCUGCUCACAAAACUUUGGGAGCUUUCCUUCCCGAACGCCACCGAAAAACCCGAGCAGCAUGACCCAAUGUGGAAGCGCAUGGGGUUUCAGGGAAACGACCCGGCUACUGACUUUCGAGCUGCUGGCAUGCUGCCUGUGCUCUGUCUCACAUUUUUUGCUGAGGCAUAUCCUGACAAGUAUAUGGAGCUCUUAAAACGAUCCAACGGAAAGAGUGCAGAAGAAAGCUAUCCCUUUGCAUGUGCCGCAAUCAAUGUGGUGUACAUGCUCACGGACAUUAUGAAGCUGAAAUCGACC